AUGGCCACCAAGCUUGAACAACUUCCUAGAGAGGCUCUUACCUCCCUUGCGAGCGUGAGCGCACAAGUCAGAGAUGCCAUCUCCGCGUCUCUCCCCAUCGGUCUAGAGCAGUACCUGACUAUCAUAGUUCCAGGAACUCUGAUUGAUCUGACCGACUCGGAUCAUGGAGGGCCGUUUUUGUACGAUGAAUCCAAGCAAAUUCUUCCUCCUGCAAGUGUCAGACAAGCUGAAGCCAGCUUGGUUGACGGAAUGAUGCUGUUGAGUAAAUUGGCGGUCAUGAACGAGAGGAAGAGUGUCGCACGUAGUUAUGCUCGCGCCAUUGACAGUUUAAUUCCCGCAAGCCCGACAUUCACCCCUAGCCCGGGCAUCCCUAGCCACGGAAAGAUGGACUACGCAAAGUCGAUGGAGUUUCUCAAACAGAAAGUUCCCGGAACUUCAAAGACCAUCGUUGAAAUUUAUCGCGAUAAGGAGAUGAAGUGGACUGAACAGCAACAAAUUUGGGAAAAGGCAAAGAUCAAGGCUACUCGUGAUGCUCAAGACGCCUUUGAAGAGGGGACCAAGGAUUACGUCGAAAAGCGACAGAAAUAUUUCGAUGACUGGUGCAAGGGCGAGGGAAAGUUCUAUAAGAAUGCUCUUCAAGAUGCAUGGAUGGAUUGGAUUAUUAAUGGAAAGAAACCUGCGGUCGACUUUACCUUUGGUAUGGUCCAGAUGGAUUCCAUGGCGCGCAUCGAAAGCAGCAAGGAGGCGAUGAGGAACUCUGCGAUAGACGAUCUAAGUCGCAAUGGAGAGGUCUACGGUGUUAGUCUCACGCCUAAAACCUGGGCUACAUCCUGUAAGGUCAAAGCCGAGGAGUGGCGUAAGCAGAAUGACAAUGGGCAGCUGAACGGCAGUGAUGGGACUGCAUGGAGCAGAAUCACACUGUCCUACUCUGCAUCGGAUAUUCAGACUCAUGAAGGUGGAACCGUCGGCUUUGGUCUUUGGACCUUGGGUGGUGCUGACUUGCAUGAGGAACUACGCCGAGAGAUGGCAUCCUGCGAUGUUAGCAUUUCAUUUUCUACCCUCGUCGUCAACAUCGACCGCCCAUGGUUACACAGCGAGCUCUUCAGCGACACUGAUUUCGAGGUGCAAAAAGGUGUCAAAGUCAGCCCUGGCCCAAGUCGCAUUCAGCAGAUGAUCAAGGACCAUGGGGAUGAAAACAGUGAUGAAUGGGUCUUCGCUGCCUAUCCGACCUCUUUUAUCAUUGCUGCUGAUACAACGAUUGAGUUUAAGGGAGAAGCGAAGGCUAUAGAGGAGUUUUGGAAAGCUGGUAGUGAAGUGGUUGGAUAUGGGCCUUGGUCAGUGUCAAACAGUGCUGCUACCAAGGAGAUCAAAGUUAACCCAACUUCAACUGGCUGCCAGAUAUGUUUUGGAGCACCGCAGAUUAUUGGCUGGGUUAGCCAAACUGUGCCAUCCCCAGCACAGUUAUAA